AUAAAAUGUAUGGAAAAGGGGAAGCCGGAGGAUCAAGAAGCAGCAUAGAUAAUGACAUCAAAAUUGAUACAGCCAAAUGUCAUCUCAUUUCCAUAAAUUUAUGAUAAGUACCGUCUCUUAUUUCUUCUUCUUUAACCUAUAUAUUUUAUUUAUUGCUAAUUCUGGAACUACUAAUAUUGUUUUAUUUUAUUAAUUAUCUCUUAAAUUAAUUAAUUACGCGGUCAAUUCAUUAUCCCGUUACCCCAUUUACGAAUCAAUCAACCCCCUCCCAAAUCUCCCUGUUCCUACAUAAAGGAGGAGAUAGGUUGGGGGUUGAUGCUCAUUUUCUUUGUUCUUCUGAAUUCACUUUAGUUUCUGAUAUUUCUUCAUAUCUAAUUGGAUUAUAAGAUUUUCCCAUCAUCCAAGCAUUUUUUGGUCCCAUCAACUAAUCAAUUCUACAUAGAAUUGGAAAUUAAAACAAAUUGGAAAAAUGGAAGUUGUGGUAGACAAUUUGGUUAAAGAGAGAAUUCCUCCACCAGCACCUCCAUUGCCCUGCCCUACCACAGUUGUAUACCCUAAGAAGAUUGUGAAGUCUAGGGCUAAACACAUCUCAUCUAACAAAGACCAAUGCUCAUUGAAUACGGAAACAAGGGUUUCGUAUGACCGCCUAUUUGAUGAAGCUUAUCGAGCUGAUGUUGUUGUUCAUACCGAUAGUGGUGGCCAGAUUUAUGUUCAUGCUAGUAUUUUGGGAAUGACAUCUCCAGUGAUCAGACAGUUGCUGAAACAAUCAAAAACCAAGAGUCGGCGACGAUCCAUAUCAAUUCAAGGUGUCCCACAUGAUGCUGUCCGGGUUUUUCUCCGAUUUCUCUACUCUUCAUGUUAUAAUGCAGAAGAAAUGAAGGAAUAUAUUCUGCACCUUCUGGUAUUGUCCCAUGUGUAUGUUGUUCCUUACUUGAAAAGGGAGUGUGAGAGACAGCUAGAGAAUGGUCUGCUCAACAUAGAGAAUCUUAUUGAUGUUUUCCAGCUUGCUCUUCUAUGUGAUGCCCCAAGACUCAGCCUGAUUUGUCACCGGAUGAUCUUAGACAAUUUUAAGGCCGUCUCGGCCACUGAAGGCUGGAAUGUAAUGAAGGAGGCCCACCCGAUGCUAGAAAAAGAGAUUCUUAGGACAGUGAAUGAAGCAAAUGCUAGGCGAAAGGAGUGCUUGAUAAAGAGGAAUGAGAGAAUGGUGUAUGUACAAUUAUACGAGGCAAUGGAGGCUUUAGUCCAUAUAUACAGAGAUGGAUGCAAAACCAUUGGUCCUCGUGAUAAAGAACUAACGGAAGACCAACAUCCUUGUGGGUACACGGCCUGCAAAGGGUUAGAGCUUCUAGUCCGACACUUUGCUGGAUGCAAACUCAGAGUUCCUGGUGGAUGCGCUCAUUGUAAGAGGAUGUGGCAGCUCUUGGAAUUGCACUCUCGUCUCUGCAUUAGCUCGGAGGCAUGCAGAGUUCCCGUGUGCAGAAACUUCAAGGAAAGAAGUAUGAAGCAGAACAAGAAGGAAGAAAUGAGGUGGAAAAUAUUGGCGAGGAAGAUAGUGAGAUCGAAGAGUAUCUCCGGAGCACCAUUCUUUUCCUUGGCUAGUUCUACGUGACAAUGAAAGCGCACACCUUCACGUAUGCACGCUUAUUAUCCAUAUGGCUGUAUAAUAGCUCAAUGUGUUAUGAUUAGAGGUGUUCAACAGGACGGGUCGACCUAACGGGUCAAAGGUUGGGUCAUAUUUUCAUUAAUGUGCCUUUGUGUAACGGGUCGGGCUGGGUCGGAUAAUUAUAGGAAUUGAUAGUAAAAAAUAUUUUACCAAUUUUUUUAUAUUUUUAUAUAUUUUUAUGUGAUAUUGUUAUAUU